AUGCGCGUUGCAAAUCCAUACGUAUCCUCCGCUCCAUACAUCCCCAUACACCAGGCCUCAGCAAGUCCUUUUCCCCGGGUGCAAGCUCGCUUCCAUCCGCAUGUGCACCACGCUGAUACGCUCCCGCAUGGCGUACUCGACUGGGUCAAUUCAGAACUCUUAUCUCGUCGUCCGCGAUCGCCACACUUGAAUUCAGACCCUACAAGCCAAGUACCCAGUCGACUCGUUUCGCGCGCUCCUAGUCUCGAACAGCGCGUUUGGGGACAUGUACAUGCCUAUGGGACGAUGGGGCCUCCCCCAGCUGUGCCUGUACCCAUCUCUGUUCCCGAAACACACAGACCCGCACCCGCACCCGCACCCGCACCCGCACCCAUCUCCCUAUCUCCCGCAGACCCACACAGACCACCCAUAAUCCCAGUAUCAAACCCAGAGAUAUACACCCACAGCCCACCAGCCUCCCGUACCAGAGGUUCUCUUCUAAGCAUCGCAAUGAAACCUCUGCAUAGCGGAAACGCAAGCAGAGCCCAAACGCCUUAUUUCACAGGAACGCAUUCACCGCAUAGUCCACGAACGCCUCCUGCUGAGAUUGCGGAGAGUGCCAUUUGGGGGAGGGGGUUUACGGACGUUGGUUCGGUGUCGCAUUCGCAUGGUGGGCGAUCUGGAGAGGAUUUGGAUGGGGACGGGGGUGUCGUCGAAGGGAGCGUUGGUGUGAGUGUGGGCGUCAGUGUCAGUGUCGAAGGCAACACAAGCGGCCUCCUGGAUGGAGACCCGAAUGCGAACGCAGCACCAGACUAUCGCGUCGCAUCACAAGGAUUCAUCGGAGGUGUGCCCCCACUUUCGAGUUUAGCGGGGUUAGCGAGUUAUGAAGAAGCUCCUGGGAGUGGGCGUGGGCGGGAGAGGAGGCGGUCUGGGGUGAGUGAUGGGUCUGGGUCUGGGCGGUUGAGUUUGCAAGUGGAUGGACGACGGUCUAGUGUGCAUGACGAACGACUUUCUCCACGCGACGCGCGACGUUCUAGCGUACAAGAUGGGCCUCAUCAUAGCAUGAGCAUGCACGACGAACGACAGUCACAUUCUAGUCUUCACCCACGUUCUUUCACGCACGACGAACCGCUGUCUACCCUACAUGACGGGUCUCGUUCCAAUACACACGACGCCCUACACCCACACGAGGCAAGGGACGGAGAGGUCGCUGUGAGGUUGAGAGUCCCCAUUCCUCGAUGGAGAAGGGAGGGCGGUGAGGUAUCGUGA